UCUUCAAAAGGGCUCCGAGGUCCGCGCAGCCCAACCUUGCUGAAGCACUAGCCUUCCCCAGCCUCCUUCAGCGAGUCUGUGCUUUCCUGCCUGCUUGCUCUUUCCUUUCUGGCUCAGCUUGGGACAGAGGCUCCUAUCAGAGCAGGCUCUGGUCUUGGAUUUUAAUGGCAGUGAUGGAAAAACAUGAGAAUAUUUCCUGGAUCUCCCAACAGGAACUGGAAGAUCCAUUUAAGAAAUUCCCGAACAACACCGAGGACUACCUAACCUUGCUCUGCGGGCCUCAGCGCAGCCACCUCUUCCUUCCGGUGACUGUGGUAUACGCAGUGAUUUUUGUGGUGGGGGUUGUUGGCAAUCUCCUGGUGUGCCUGGUGAUUCUUCGGCACCAGACUAUGAAGACACCCACCAAUUAUUACCUCUUCAGCUUGGCUGUUUCCGACCUCCUGGUCCUGCUUCUUGGGAUGCCCCUGGAAGUCUAUGAGAUGUGGCGCAACUACCCCUUCCUGUUUGGGCCGGUGGGCUGCUACUUCAAGACGGCCCUCUUCGAGACCGUGUGCUUCGCCUCCAUCCUCAGCGUCACCACAGUCAGCGUGGAGCGCUACGUGGCCAUCCUCCAUCCGUUCCGCGCCAAGCUGGAAAGCACCCGGCGGCGGGCCCUCAGGAUCCUCGGCGUCGUCUGGGGCUUCUCUGUUCUGUUCUCUCUGCCCAACACCAGCAUCCAUGGCAUCAAGCUCCACUACUUCCCCAAUGGGACCUUCGUCCCGGGCUCUGCCACCUGUACAGUUAUCAAGCCCAUGUGGAUCUACAAUUUCAUCAUCCAGGUCACCUCCUUCCUCUUCUACAUCCUCCCCAUGACUGUCAUCAGUGUCCUCUACUACCUCAUGGGGCUCAAACUGAAGAAAGACCAACCCCUUGAGGCAGAUGAAGUGACUGCAAAUAUUCAAAGACCAUCCAGAAAAUCAGUCACUAAAAUGCUAUUUGUCUUGGUCUUAGUGUUUGCUGUUUGUUGGGCCCCAUUCCAUGUUGAUCGGCUCUUCUUCAGCUUUGUGGAGAAGUGGACUGAAUCCCUGGCUGCUGUGUUCAAUCUCAUCCAUGUGGUAUCAGGUGUCUUCUUCUACCUGAGCUCAGCUGUCAAUCCCAUUAUCUACAACCUACUCUCCCACCGCUUCCGAGCUGCGUUCCGGAAUGUGAUCUCUCCUUCCUGCAAACAGCGGCACUCCCAGAACCAGACACAGGGGCCACCUGUGCAGCGGAACAUCUUCCUGACAGAAUGUCACCUUGUGGAGCUGACUGAAGAUGUAGGUCCCCAGUUCCCUUGUCACUUGUCCAUUUGUAAUUCUCGCCUCUCCACAGCUCUCUGCACUGGACAGGCGCUGAGAAAGGAACUCUCAAAGAGCUGACAUUCCUCUUGCCUCCACACUGCAGGAAGGAACAACCCAUAAUUUAUGCCUUCUUACAUGAUACUAAAGAAGUAAAAUGACUCUCAGAAUUUACAUACCCACUUAUUAUUUUUUUAACAAGUGCGAACAUUGCUACUUAAAUUUGGAUCUAAAACACAGAACCUCCUGAUUUUUAGUUACCUUUCCAUGAUUUUAACUGCUUCAUGCCACUUCACCAGUUCAUGAAAAGAACAUGACUAGCAAAGCACGGCACCUAUAUUUCGAGUCAUUUCCACUAUUGGAAAUGGUUUGUCCUGUUAUCCAUGCUCUGAGUCCAGCUGUCAUUCUUACAACCAACGGUUCCUGUGAGACACCAAAGGGAGACAAGUAGAUGCUGUUCUACUCUGUAUGAUUUGAGGGGUCCGUGCCAAUGUUCUUCCACAGUACACUAUUUACCCGACUUCCUCCUACUGUGCCAUUAUAAUGUGAUACCUUGGAGUUGUGAAGCCUUUUAUUUUGAGUCUCCCUGAUAACACAGGAGCGCUCCUCAGAACUCAGAAUUAUUGCCAUUGUUCCAAUCCCCAAGUCGUUAUCAGUCACCAGGAAUGGAAUCAGAAGUUCCACUUAGAGAAGAAUGGGAGGAGGGAGAAGGCUAUGGUGGAAGGUCCCAAGAGUCAAACCAUACCCCACACAAACGUAGUUAUUUUCAUAAUUUGCUCUAGAUUUAGCUUUCUAACAGCUUAUGUCAUAAAUAGACAGAGGAAUAGUCUACAGUCUCAGAGCAAAGACAAGUCAAAUGGUAGCUACUGGUCUCAAACCCAUGACUUCCACCUAUUCAAUCCUUCAUUACCUUUGUAACACUCAUAUAAUAUGGGUGAAAUCUACUUUCCAGACUCCUCUUCCAUUAUAUCAUCACAAAUAAUAUAUAUUCUAAUCAACAGAAUUACUCGCUCUUAAGAAAACACAUCCCAGUUUCCCCAGCUGCAUAUCUUUGCUUACAACAUGCCCUCUGUAUCUCAGUCUCUAUCCUUUGCUAUCCUACCCAUUCUUCAAUGUCCAGUUCAGUGUGGUACCUCCUCCAUGAAACCUUGCUUGAUUUACUCCAAUAGAAGUGGUAUUUGACUUUCUUAUCAGUUUAAAUCUCUUAAGAUUUUUCUCCAUUCUGCUUUGUAUUUCAGUGAUUUAUAUUCUUGCUUUGCCAGAAUGUAAAUCUGUCAAAGGCAUGAAGUAUCCUGUGUUCAUUUUUACUGUUACUGGAAUCCUGACAAUUUAUUGAUCACAAUGUUAGAUGUUCAAUAAAUGUGUAGUAGGUGAGCUGACUUCACAUUCCAGUGUACUGAGCUGAACAACAGCUCCAAAUGAAACCAUGUUCAAGAGCCGUAAGACUAAGAUGCUGUUUCUGACGUGGUGUCUGACCAUCAGUUGGCCAUUUAAUUAGCCAUGAUUGUAAUGGCAUGCCUGCUGUGCCUGGGAUGUGAGAAGGCUCUACUCAGUUCCAGGCUUUACUGAUGCUGAAAUACGCAAGUUCUAGCUGUUAGUCUCUCAAUUUCUCCCAAGUUGAAUGAACCAUUCUACUAAUAAACAGAGAAUUGGUCUCUGACAUCAUCAUUUCCUGACUGAACAGUCACCUUCAAAGUGACUCAAUGUAUUUUUCUCUUAGCUAAUUAUAAACCAAAUUUAAUGAAUCCAGAUUCUUAGUGAUGGCUUAUGUUGGUAAGCAGAAUUCUCUAGUCAUUUGCCAAUUUAGCUGAAAAAACCCAGCAAAACAAAAUCGCAGAAUGAAUGAAGAUCUAAGAGAAUAAUUUUUAACAUCAACCCCCAAUGACCACGGCUAAAAAAGUUGCUGGUGGAGGCAGAUGGAUAGAGAAUGAAACAACACUAAAACUGAAGGUAGUAAUUUGGUUGCUUGAUUAAAACUUUGGUCUCUUUUUUAUUUUAUCCUCAUUUUGCCUUUUUUCUAUUAAAAUUUACAUUCAGAAAUUAUCAUUCAUUCCUUCAUUUAACAAAUCUUCAUUACCCAUUAGAUCAUGCACAUUGUGGUAUCACCUGGCCUUUAAAGUAUACAUCUAAUAGAAGAAAUGAUCAUUUUUGAAAAUCAUUACAAAAUGGAUUGCUUAAAUCUAACUGUGAAGCACGCUAC